AUGGAUAGCUCCCAGGCGCCGCUGAUUGCGAGCAACCGCCACGAUGACGAUGCGCCGUACGAUGCCGUUGACGACGAGCCUGCAUCGAGGGCUAUCUCGGGGAAGGCCAUCAACGAGCAUCCUAGCCUGUUUGUCUUGAUUUUGACGUUUGCCGCUGGAAUCAGCGGGCUAUUAUUUGGCUAUGAUACCGGUGUCAUAUCCGCCACUCUCGUCUCGAUCGGAAAGGCGCUGUCGGACCGAGAUCUUACUUCGAUAGACAAAUCAAUCAUCACGUCGUCAACCUCUUUGUUUGCGCUUCUCAUAUCACCAUUCUCGUCCCUCAUCGCCGAUCGGCUGGGCCGCAAACGAGUCAUUCUGUACGCCGACGUUCUGUUCAUCAUCGGCGCGGUUUUACAGGCCGUCAGCUCUACUGUGCCGGUCAUGGUAGCCGGCCGCUGCAUAAUUGGCGCCGCGGUGGGGGCUGCAAGCUUUGUGGUGCCUCUGUACAUUGCUGAGAUUGCGCCCUCGUCAUACAGAGGUCGCCUUGUAACCAUUAAUGUGCUCUUCAUCACGCUUGGGCAGAUGGCGGCGUACAUCAUUGGCUGGGCGCUGUCUACAUAUGCGUCGAAAGAGACUGGAUGGCGGUGGAUGGUGGGAUUGGGAGCGUUGCCGGCGGCCGUGCAGGGUGCUCUUGUUGCCUUCAUGCCAGAAACACCGCGCUGGCUGGUAAAGGCUGGGAGAUCUGAUGAUGCGAAACGUGUUAUUCAAAAGGGACUCGGUGCGUGGCACGAAUUGUUGGGCGAGGGCAAACAUCGCCGCGCUUUAGCUAUUGCGUGUCUCCUACAAGGACUGCAGCAGCUGUGUGGUUUUAACUCGCUAAUGUACUUCUCGGCAACCAUAUUCUCCAUCAUGGGGUUCGAGAGUCCUACGUUGACCUCUCUUAUCGUUGCCAUCACUAAUUUUGUCUUCACCCUUGUUGCUUUGGGCCUCAUUGACCGCAUCGGCCGCCGACGUAUUUUGCUGUACUCAAUACCUUUUAUGGCCUUGGGACUGCUGUUAGCCGCAGCAGGUUUCUCAUACUUAUCUCUAAAGCCGUCGCCAACCGCUCAUGACGACGAUGUUACAACACCGGCAGGCGAGGGCGAAACCAAGCCAGCCGUCGUUGUCCUCGUCAGCAUUAUGAUUUACGUGGCAUCCUAUGCUCUCGGCCUAGGCAACGUGCCAUGGAUGCAGAGCGAGCUGUUUCCUUUGUCCGUACGCUCGGUGGGCAGCGGGGUUGCGACGGCAACCAACUGGGCAGCAAACUUUGCGGUUGGCUUGACUUUUUUGCCGUUGAUGGAUGCGCUGAGCCCGUCGUGGACGUUUGUUCUUUACGCGGCGGUCUGUGCUGUUGGGUAUGCCCUUGUUUGGAGGAUAUACCCCGAGACGGCCGGCUUGAGUCUAGAGGAGGCCACGGCGUUGCUAGACAACGGAUGGGGCGUGCGAUGA